GCCGCAACAACGUCGCCUACCCUUUUUGUUUGUUGUAAUUGCUGCUUCGCAGAACACCGUCAGUAUGGCGACCACCGUGGAUAAGAUCAAAGCUAUUGAGGAUGAGAUGGCCAAGACGCAGAAAAACAAAGCAACGUCUUUCCAUCUCGGUCAACUCAAGGCAAAGCUUGCUAAGCUGAAAAGAGAGCUGCUGACACCGUCCUCAAGCGGUGGCGGCGGCGCGGGUGUGGGUUUCGAUGUUGCCAGGACAGGUGUCGCCAGUGUCGGCUUCAUUGGUUUUCCAUCGGUGGGCAAAAGUACGCUCAUGAGCAGAUUGACGGGCCAACACUCCGAGGCUGCCGCAUACGAAUUCACUACGCUCACGACCGUUCCCGGACAAGUCAUAUACAACGGAGCCAAGAUCCAGAUUCUCGAUCUUCCUGGUAUCAUCCAGGGUGCCAAAGACGGCAAGGGUCGUGGUCGGCAGGUUAUUGCUGUUGCAAAGACCUGCCAUUUAAUCUUCAUCGUACUGGACGUGAACAAGCCGCUCACGGAUAAGCGUGUCAUUGAAAACGAGUUGGAAGGCUUCGGCAUCCGCAUCAACAAGAGCCCUCCAAACAUUGUCUUGAAGAAGAAGGACAAGGGUGGCAUCAACAUCACUGCUACCGUCCCGCUUACGCACAUCGACCAUGACGAAAUCAAGGCAGUCUUGGCGGAGUACAAGAUGUCCAAUGCUGAUGUCGCCAUCCGAUGCGACGCCACCGUGGACGACCUGAUCGAUGUCAUUGAAGCGAAGGGCCGAAGCUACAUCCCUGUUAUCUACGCGCUGAACAAGAUCGAUGCCAUCUCCAUCGAGGAGCUGGAUCUGCUGUACCGAAUUCCGAAUGCUUGCCCUAUCAGCUCCGAGCACGGAUGGAAUGUCGACGAGCUUUUGGAGCAGAUGUGGGAAAAGCUCAAUCUGGUCCGCGUCUACACCAAGCCCAAGGGCAAACUGCCCGACUACACUGCCCCAGUUGUGCUCCGCUCGACGGCCUGCACAGUCGAAGAUUUUUGUAACUCGAUCCACAAGACCAUCGUUGAUCAAUUCAAACAGGCCAUUGUGUACGGCAAGUCAGUGAAGCAUCAGCCACAACGUGUGGGUUUGUCUCACGAGCUCGCCGAUGAAGACAUCAUCACGAUCAUUAAGCGAUAGAUAUGUCUAGGUCCUGAUUCAUGACGGGAUUUCAUUCGCCUUCCCACAUGAGAUCGCGCGAAUGGUGUGAGAGGAUAUGGAGCAUGGCUUGCUUGUCUCAAUGCCGCAUCGCAGCAUGACACUCCCAUAGGAUGAGCGCGAGGCCGACUUCAAGAGCUGAAUUGGUCGAGGCGCAGUACUAAAGGCAUUAUACGGCAUCCACACGGGCGCUAUUUCGGUCCUGGCAGCUUACACAGCGAAUGGAGACGAUCAUUCGCCGGGAGGUUGGGAAAUACAUUACGCCCCGGUACUAGUCGACACGCCGAGUGCCGUUGAUGCCGAGGAGGUAGGUAGGUGUCGCGCUGCCGGCGUGUUAGCAUUUGUUUCUUAUAUUAUGAUCUCGGAAAUUCAGCAAUACGACGAUCGUUUUCUAGC